CUCAGUCCGGGGACCUUCUUGGGUUUCAGAAGCUGCUCCGGGAAAACCCAUCUCUUCUAAACGAAAGAAAUGCCGUUAGUCUGUCAAAUGCAAUGCAGUGGAAUAUGGUGAAUUAAGUACCAUAUGAUGUUUUGGUGUAAUGAAGAGAAGGAAUUGGGCUGGAUCUAAGUGUGUUCACCGUUGGACGAUGGAUAAGGGAGUUUCUUUUCAUGGUUGUCACUAGUGGUGGGAACGAGCUUCUUCUCCACUAAUUGAAGUCAAUUGUACUUUCAGUUAUGGAUUGUCUGUGUGGCUAAAUUGAAGAUGAGAUCCCAUACUUUGUGUAGUUUUUCGAAGGCAUAUACUUCUUUGGCCAGUUCAUAAGCCUUUUCAACCAGAGAAAGCUUAGUUAAAAAAGGCGUAAAGAAAGAUAGGAUUAGCAGAUGGCACAAACUCCACUUCAUGUUUCUGCUGGUUACAACAAGGCUGAGAUAGUUAAAUUUCUUCUUGAUUGGCAAGGGCCAGAUAAGGUUGAGUUGGAAGCCAGGAACAUGUAUGGAGAAACACCAUUGCACAUGGCAGCUAAGAAUGGAUGCAAUGAUGCUGCACGGUUGCUUCUUGUUCAUGGUGCUUCUAUUGAAGCCAAAGCAAAUAAUGGAAUGACACCAUUACACCUUGCUGUGUGGUACUCACUUCGAGCAGAAGAGUUCUCAACUGUCAAAACAUUACUUGAGUACAAUGCUGAUUGCAGUGCUAAGGACGAUGAGGGUAUGACUCCCCUAAAUCACCUUUCAAAAGGCCGUGAAAAUGGAAAGCUGCAGGCACUAUUACUGUCUCACUUUGAAGAGCAGAGGAGGAGAAGAGCAAUUGAAGCAUGCAGCGAAACGAAAGCUAAGAUGGAUGAACUUGAAAAUGAAUUAUCAAAUAUUGUUGGUUUGCAUGAGCUCAAGGUACAACUACGGAAAUGGGCAAAGGGGAUGCUUUUGGAUGAGAGGCGUAAGGCCCUUGGGCUGAAGGUUGGCACAAGGAGACCCCCUCAUAUGGCGUUUCUUGGCAAUCCUGGAACAGGUAAGACAAUGGUAGCUCGAAUUCUUGGAAGAUUACUCCAUAUGGUGGGAAUUCUACCUACUGACAAAGUAACAGAAGUACAGCGAACUGAUUUGGUUGGGGAAUUUGUUGGUCAUACUGGACCAAAAACUAGGAGGAAGAUUAAAGACGCAGAGGGAGGAAUUCUUUUUGUAGAUGAAGCUUAUCGACUAAUACCUAUGCAGAAGGCAGACGAUAAAGACUAUGGUUUGGAAGCAUUGGAAGAGAUCAUGUCUGUCAUGGAUAGUGGAAAAAUUGUAGUCAUAUUUGCGGGAUAUAGCGAACCAAUGAAACGAGUAAUUGCUUCCAAUGAAGGUUUCUGCCGGCGUGUGACCAAGUUUUUCAAUUUUAGCGACUUCAGUUCCGAAGACCUAGCAAAGAUUCUCCAUAUCAAGAUGAACAAUCAAACAGAGGAAAGCUUGUUGUAUGGGUUUCAGUUACAUUCUUCUUGCAGUAUAGAAGCUGUUGCAGAACUGAUUCGAGAAGAGACAACAGAAAAGCAGUGUAAGGAGAUGAAUGGAGGUUUAGUGGAUACGAUGUUAGUUAAUGCUAGAGAGAGUUUGGACCUUAGGCUCAAUUUUGACUGUAUAGACACAGAUGAACUUAGAACAAUCACCCUAGAGGAUUUACAAGCAGGCCUUCGGAUUUUGUCACAAUGAGACAGAUUUGGAAUAAAGUAAAAACAAGAAGAAGAAAAGGUGAUAAGAUCAUAACCAUGCAGAGAAAAGCUUUGCAGGUCUCCCACAUAUUGAUUUGGAAUAUUUGUUUCUCCAGCUCUCUCUUGAUUUCUACAUGUGGUCAUGAGGUUCGGCUGCACUUACUGCUGGAGAUUGUAGUGGUUUUGAGUAUUUGCAGAAAUUAUUUUAUUCGUUGGGAUUUGAUUACUUCCUGGCAGGUUUUGGUGUAAUUGACAUUUUUUAUAUGUUAGUAGAAAACCAUAGUUCAAAAGC